ACUGCUUUACGGGAGAAAUCGUGUCUGAUAUGCCUCGAAAAUCUAACCGAGCGACGAUCCGCCGCCGUUAUUACAGUAUUGAUUUUGCUUCUAGAAAAUACCACAAGGAGCAUUUACCGAUUCUUCGUGAUCGUGAGACUUUAACUUAUCAUCGGAAUAAUCCUUCCGGUCGCCGGAGGAUAAUUCGAAGGUGGAGGGAUGUUUUGGAAAACUCUAGCUCAAGAUCAAGGCCAUUGCCAUGGCGGAGAUCAUUUGGACGGCCUGGUUCAGUUCCUGAUUCUAUCAUCUUCCAGCGAAAGCUUCAGUGGCGAGCUAGCAUAUACGAUAAGCAAUUACGAGCUGUUCGAUUACAUUCGAGGCGAAGCUUGGAACUAAGUUUGGCGGUGAAUGAUCACACCAAAGCAAAGAUAACUGAAAGAAUUGAGCCAUGGAUUAGAAGAGAGCUUCAGGCAGUCCUUGGAGAUCCUGAUCCAUCAAUUAUUGUUCAUUUUGCGUCAGCUCUUUUCAUCAAAAGGCUUGAGAGAGAGAAUAAUCGACAAUCCGGGCAUACCGGGAUGUUGGUGGAAGAUGAAGUCUCCUCUCUCCGAAAAUUCUUGUCUGAUAAGGUGGAUAUAUUUUGGCAUGAACUAAUAACCGAGCACUAUGCUCUCGCCAAAUGA